GGGUUCACAGCGCUCGAGUCCUUUAGUAUCCACAUGACCAUCGAGCGGGACGAUUCUGUGAGAGAGUGAUUACGUGUGUGACGGCUUGAACUCGGGCACUAUGUCUGCCAUCAAGUACCUAUCGGGACUGAAGUCCUAUUUGGCCCGUGAGGAAUGUGUAAACGAAAGCAGUGUGUUCCGACUGCACUACCAGAUGACCGUGGUGCUCCUGAUCGGCUCCUCCAUCCUCCUCACGGCCGCGGAAUUCUUCGGGAAUCCCAUCGACUGCAUCACGGGCCUCGGGGCCAAGCACGUCAUAAACACGUACUGUUGGAUACACUCGACGUUCACUAUACAAGAUUACUAUCUAAGAAGAGUCAACGCUUGCUCUCGUGCUUGUAAUUUAGGCGGAAGUCACAAUUCACCGGAAACUGUUCCGACUUGCAUUGCACGUGGUCAGGGCCGCGAUGAGCCGUAUCCUGGCAUCAGAAUGAGUCGUAGCACCGUGGGCGUGAAUGUGGGCGGCGGACAGCGGAUUCCCCUUCAGGUUGUCCAGAUCGAGAGCCCCUGCUGCUGCAUUUCCGUUGCUACAACUGCCAUAUCUGUAGUUCCUACAGUAAACUUAGCAGCUUGUACUUCUGCAAUGAAAAUUACUGUGACUAUUGUCGGGCAGCUCUUCCUGAUUGACAGGUUCCUUGGUGGAGAAUUCUUGACCUAUGGACCAAGAGUUGUAGAGUACAGUGAAAUGGACCAGGAGGAGCGUGUGGACCCCAUGAUCUAUGUCUUCCCUCGAAUGACCAAGUGUCACUUCCACAAAUUUGGUCCAUCAGGAACUCUUGAGCGACAUGAUGCAUUCUGCCUUUUGCCUCUCAAUAUUCUGAAUGAGAAGGUGUUCAUCAUGAUCUGGUUCUGGUUUGUCAUCCUGGCUUGCCUGCUUGGUGCCCUCAUCCUGUACCGAGUUGCCCUCUUCACACUCCCCGGUCUUCGCCCCAGGGCCAUGCACAAGCAUAACAAGUCUAUUUCUCUGGAGACCGUACAAGCAAUCACCAACAAGACAUCCAUUGGAGACUGGUGGAUUCUUUAUGUACUAUCAACCAAUAUUGACCCCCUUAUCUACCGUGACAUCAUGACUACCCUGGCCAAAGAAAUCGAGACUGCGAAUAGCAACAAUCCUUACAACAGUGCAGGGUUAUACUCAUCAUCAUCCGUAUGAAUGUUAGAGGACAUGGAUUGAGGGCUGUCACUCAGCUGAAGGUGUAAUAAAGACUUUUAAUGAAGUAAAGGACAAAAACAACUGGGACCUUUUGUACUGUGUUUUCUGCCCACACUUGUUUCUUCUAUUGGGCGAGUGAUGGCUAAAUUAUUUUGAGUACUUUUGUUUUGGUGCUAUGUAUGGUGUGCUUGGGAACAGCUACUGGUAUGUGUCAUUUAAUUUACUGACCCUUGCUUUUGAUGAACUUAUCAGUUUAUAGCACUUGCACAGAGAGAUACGGAACCCAUUGAAAAAUAAAUUAUUAUUAUUUUGUUUAAAUCUAUUCAAUGCACCAAUCCUUCAGCUGAUCCAUGAUGUGACAUUAAUGUUCUCAUGUUUCAGUUUUUUCUAAGAUUUAGUUCUCCUUACAAUAGAGGUGGACUAGCCAUGUUGCAUGAGGGUGACAGCCACCAGUUCCUGUCUUGAAUAGAAUAUAUCUAGAUUGUUUUUCCUCUUUCACUGGACUAGAAUCUUUCAGUACUUCUUUGUUGUUGAAAUGUGAAGUAAGCCUUGAUCUUAUGAUGAUGUAUAUGUGCUUUUACGUCUAAAAGGUCUUCAAAUAUUUAUUUAUUCUUAAUGUGUCAAGGUAAUGCACUAUUAUAUUCAGCAUUGAACUGCAUUUCUGCUGGAUAGUCUUUUCAAUAUAAAACAAAAGGAAUGUAAAUAGAUGUUGGCAUUUUAAUGUUAUCUAUCAAGACUGACAGUGUAUGAACUACUGGAACGACAACUUUGCUGGUCAAAGAUACUUCUUAAAGUGCCAUUAUCUAAAUUGACGCGAGAGCAUUUAGUUACUAGUGAACAACACAAUCAUCUUGACUAUGUUCUGUAAUGGCAAACCAUGUACUGUAACAAUCAUGCUCUCUACGGAAGCAGCUGUUCUUUUAUGGAUUGAAAAUAUGCAAAUCUUGACUUUGCAGGAAGGAUUGUUUCUCCCAUAUUAUAAACUGAAGGAAGCAAGUUUUAUUUGUGAAAGGCUUUAUUUGAAUCUUAUUUCCCCUCCCCAGUUGAUAGAUAUAUCACAAAAAGUUGUCCGAAAAGUGCCAAGUGAGAAUCGGGUCUAUCUGCUCACGUGACUGAUUGUUGGAUGAACCAGAUCAGGUCGUUUGGAAUGUGCAGUUAAGGACUUCUGUUUGUGAUUUCACUGUAUAAUACAGUCCUAAGUUUAAGAUAUAUUUUGUAUGUAAGGUUCAUGUAUUUUGUAGCUACAUUAAAGAGAUUUUUAUAA